AUGCGGCUGUUGGUGAUCUACAUUGCCGAGGCACAUGCACGUGAUCAAUGGCCUGUAGGCAAGACUAUUUCGUGUGUGGAUCAACCGACGACAAUCGAUCAACGACUGAAAAAUGCUUCUCAAUUCAGAAAGAACUUCAACUUUGAAAUGCCCAUGCUCGUCGACAACAUGGACAAUACUUUUCAUACUAUCUAUGGAUCGUGGCCAUUUCGCUUCUACGUUAUCCACGAUGGCAAAUUAGCAUUGAAAGCGGAGCCCGGUGAACAAUCUUUAGCCUACGAUAUGGACGAGCUUGACGCAUGGAUCGUCAAUUUCUACCAAUCCCGUCGUCCAAUCAAUUAA